CAACGAGUCUGCAAUGCCACGACAUACGCGAUAGGAUUGGAAGCGGGUGCAACUCAGCGCGAACAUAUCGAUAACCCGAACAACCAUCACAUCGUAUAGACGACGUGGUUCCCACCUUGAAACGCAGCCAUCCCAGCCCAAGUGUUGUCUGUGGUAAUCAACACAACCUGUGCCACAACAGAAUCAUCUCGCCUUUUCUGUUGUUUCCAACAUCAAGAUGAAGCUCGUCCGGUUUCUUAUGAAAUGCGCCAAUGAGUCCGUCACCAUUGAAUUGAAAAAUGGCACCAUUGUCUCAGGCACCAUCACCUCCGUUUCUCCUCAGAUGAACACUGCCUUACGUGCGGUGAAAAUGACCCUCAAAAACCGCGCCAGCUCAUCGUCGCCCGGCGAGACAGUCCAACUCGACACCAUUAACAUUCGAGGAAGCACGAUUCGCUACUUUAUUCUACCAGACUCCCUUCCGCUUGACACUCUGUUGAUCGACGAUCAGCCCAAGCCCAAGAACAAGGCAAGAAAGGAGCAAGAGGGAAGAGGAGGACGGGGAGGUGGUCGGGGUGGUCCGCGGGGUAGGGGUCGCGGCAUGGGACGAGGAAGAGGAAGAGGUCGAGGGUUUUAAUUGAGUACCCACGGACACCGCGAUUCUUUUUACAGAGGGAUAAGAAUUUUACAAAAGAGUAUCAUGGAAUUCGGCGCGAGCGGGAGCGGACCAUUGCCAUGUCAUCUUUGCGCCUUGAUAAGGCGCUUUACAUGGAAAGAUUUGAUUCAUACCAGAAGACCCGACUCGACCAUCGCUUUGCAAUUGCGAUUCGCGAUAAAUUGCCUCGCUCGGCAUUUGGACUCGCGAUUUCAUUAAGGACACGGCAUGACUUGGCCUUCAAUGGAAAAGUUGCUUAAUUAUAUCGAUGGGGCCACAGUCCAAAACGAACUAGGGCCGCAAUGGUCACCCCGGCGUUUGUCGUCUCAUUGGCCGUGGUGGGAGCAUAUGUGCGUCGGCGUCUCCUGGAGGAUUAUCCACCAUCAAAUGAGAACGGAUGGACGAAGGCAUUGUACAUCAUUACAGCCUCUAGCUUCUCCCAUCCGUCACAUUCUCAAGGGUCCUUCUCGACCAUCGUGGGAGUUUCAAGUGGGACAGCGUAGCUAAGAAGACUAACGACUGCCCAUGGAAUAAAAAUUCGAUGCUCCAAACUCUGUUCAGUGUGGCCCUGUGGCCUCCAUCCUUGUUGAUCCAUUCUGCUGUAACUAGGCCUAUGUGCAAU